CAAGCGCCCGGGCUCCCAAAGCUGGCAGCUGUGGGCGGCGGUGUCGGGGCGCAGGGGGGGCGGGGGGGACCGUCGGACAUGCGGCUCUGGAGUUGGGUGCUGCGCCUGGGGCUGCUGAGCGCCGCGCUGGGCUGCGGGCUGGCUGAGCGCCCCCGCCGGGCCCGGAGAGACCCGCGGGCCGCUCGCCCCCCGCGCGCCGCCGCCGCCGCCGCCAGCCCGGCCACCUGCGCCACCCGGGCGGCCCGCGGUCGCCGCGCCUCGCCGCCGCCUCCGCCGCCGCCGCCGCCGCCGUCGUCGUCGUCGUUGUCGUCGUCGCCGGGCGGUGCCUGGGAAGCCGCGCGCGUCCCCCGGCGGCGGCGGCAGCAGCGCGAAGCGAGGGGCGCCGCCGCCGCCGCCGCCGCCGCCGCCGAGGAACCGAGCCCGCCGAGCCGGGCUCUCUAUUUCAGCGGGCGAGGCGAGCAGCUGCGCCUCCGGGCCGAGCUGGAACUGCCCCGGGACGCCUUCACGCUGCAAGUGUGGCUGCGAGCCGAGGGCGGACAGCGCUCCCCGGCCGUGAUCGCAGGGCUGUAUGACAAAUGUUCUUAUACCUCGCGUGACCGAGGAUGGGUCGUGGGCAUUCACACCGUCGGUGAUCAAGGCAACAGAGACCCACGCUACUUUUUCUCCUUGAAGACAGACCGGGCCCGGCAAGUGACCACCAUCAACGCCCACCGCAGCUACCUCCCAGGCCAGUGGGUAUUUUUAGCUGCCACCUAUGAUGGACGGCUGAUGAAACUCUAUGUGAAUGGUGCCCAGGUGGCAAAUUCCAGGGAGCAAGUGGGUGGUAUAUUCAGCCCACUGACCCAGAAGUGUAAAGUGCUCAUGUUGGGGGGCAGUACGCUGAGUCACAACUACCGAGGCUAUAUCGAGCACCUCAGUCUAUGGAAGGUGGCCAGGACCCAGCGAGAGAUACUACUGGACAUGGAAAAUCAUGGCCUCUACACCCCUCUACCUCAGCUCCUCCUCCAGGAGAACUGGGACAAUGUGCAACGCAUUUGGUCCCCCAUGAAAGAUGGCCACAGCCCCCGAGUGGAGCUCAGUAAUGCCCACGGCUUCCUGCUGGACACGAAUCUGGAGCCCCCUCUGUGUGGGCAGACGCUGUGUGACAACAAAGAGGUCAUUGCCAGCUACAACCAGCUCCCCAGAUUCCGCCAGCACAAGGUGGUGCGCUACCGCGUGGUCAACCUCUAUGACGAUGACCAUGAGAACCCAACCGUGAGCCGCCAGCAGGUGGACUUCCAGCACCAGCAGUUGGUCGAGGCCUUCCAGCAUUACAACAUCUCUUGGGAGCUGGAGGUACUGGAGGUGAACAACUCCUUCCUGCGCCACCGCCUUAUCUUGGCCAACUGUGACAUCAGCAAGAUUGGGGAUGAGAGCUGCGAUCCAGAGUGUAACCACACGCUGACGGGCCAUGAUGGCGGGGACUGUCGGCACCUGCGCCACCCGGCCUUUAUGAAGAAGCAGCAGAAUGGCCUGUGUGACAUGGACUGCAACUAUGAACGGUUCAACUUUGAUGGUGGAGAGUGCUGUGACCCCAGCAUCACCAAUGUCACCGAGACAUGCUUUGAUCCGGACUCUCCACACAGAGCCUACUUGGAUGUGAAUGAACUGAAGAACAUUCUUAGACUGGAUGGGUCAACACACCUCAAUAUUUUCUUUGCAAACUCCUCAGAGGAGGAGUUGGCUGGAGUAGCCACUUGGCCGUGGGACAAGGAAGCUCUGAUGCACUUAGGUGGCAUUGUCUUGAACCCAUCUUUCUACGGCACUCCUGGGCACACCCACACUAUGAUCCAUGAGAUUGGGCACAGCCUGGGCCUCUAUCACAUCUUCCGUGGCAUCUCGGAAAUCCAGUCUUGCAGUGACCCCUGCAUGGAGACAGAGCCCUCCUUCGAGACGGGAGACCUCUGCAAUGACACCAACCCAGCCCCGAAACACAAGUUUUGUGGUGACCCUGGACCAGAGAAUGACACAUGUGGCUUUCAUAGCUUUGUGAACACUCCUUACAACAACUUCAUGAGCUACGCAGAUGACGACUGUACAGACUCCUUCACGCCCAAUCAAGUCGCCAGAAUGCACUGUUACCUAGAUCUGGUGUACCAGGGCUGGCAGCCCUCCAGGAAGCCGGCGCCUGUGGCUCUCGCCCCCCAGGUUGUGAGCCACACUGCGGACUCUGUGAUGCUGGAGUGGUUCCCACCCAUCGACGGCCACUUUUUCCAAAGAGAAUUGGGAUCAGCAUGUGACCUUUGUCUGGAAGGGAGAAUCCUGGUGCAGUUUGCUCUCAAAGCCUCAUCCCCAAUGCCCUGUGGCCCAUCAGGACACUGGAGCCCUCGGGAAGCAGAAGGUCAUCCAGAUGUUGAACAACCCUGUAAGUCCAGUGUCCGCACGUGGAGCCCAAAUUCAGCGGUCAACCCACACACAGUCCCUCCAGCCUGCCCAGAGCCACAAGGAUGCUACCUCGAGCUGGAAUUCCGCUACCCCUUAAUUCCUGAGUCUCUAACCCUCUGGGUGACCUUUGUCUCUACGGACUGGGAUUCCAGUGGCGCUGUCAAUGACAUAAAACUCUUGACUGUCAGUGGAAAGAACAUCUCCUUGGGUCCUCAGAAUGUGUUCUGUGAUAUCCCACUGACCAUUAGAGUCCGGGAUGUGGGUGAAGAGAUUCGUGGUAUUCAAAUCUACACGCUGGAUGAACAUCUGGAGAUUGAUGCAGCAAUGCUGACUUCCAUUGCUGACACCCCAUUCUGCUUGGAGUGUAAGCCUCUGCAGUAUAAGGUGGUUCGAGACCCUCCCCUCCAGGCUGAGGCAGCCUCCCUCCUACACCUCAAUAGAAGAUUCAUGGACACGGACCUGAAACUUGGCAGUGUGUACCAGUACCAGAUUAUCACUGUUUCUGGAACUGAAGAGAGUGAGCCAUCAUCUGCUGCUAUAUACAUCCAUGGAAGUGGAUACUGUGGUGAUGGCAUUAUCCAGAAAGACCAAGGUGAAGAAUGUGAUGACAUGAAUAAGAUGAAUGGUGAUGGCUGUUCCCUUUUCUGCCAACAAGAAGUUUCCUUCAAUUGCCUUGAUGAGCCCAGCCGGUGCUAUUUCCAUGAUGGAGAUGGGGUAUGUGAAGAGUUUGAACAGAAGACUAGCAUUAAAGACUGUGGUGUCUACACACCCCAUGGGUUCCUGGAUCAAUGGGCAUCCAAUGCUUCAGUAUCCCAUCAAGACCAGCAGUGCCCAGGCUGGGUUGUCAUCGGACAGCCAGCAGCAUCCCAGAUGUGUAGAACCAAGGUGAUCGACCUCAGUGAAGGCAUUUCCCAACAUGCCUGGUACCCUUGCACCAUGAGUUAUCAGUAUUCCCAGGUCUCUCAGACCUCUUUCUGGCUCCAGACAUAUUUCUCUCACCCAAUGGUUGCUACAGCUGUCAUUGUCCACCUGGUGACUGAUGGGACAUAUUAUGGAGACCAAAAGCAAGAGACCAUCAGUGUGCAGUUGCUCGAUACCAAAGACCAGAGCCAUGACCUAGGCCUCCAUGUCCUGAGCUGCAGGAACAAUCCCCUGAUUAUCCCUGUGGUCCAUGACCUCAGCCAGCCCUUCUACCAUAGUCAGGCGGUACGUGUGAGCUUCAGUUCGCCCCUGGUCGCCAUCUCGGGGGUGGCCCUGCGCUCCUUCGACAACUUUGACCCUGUCACCCUGAGCAGCUGCCAGAGAGGAGAGACCUACAGCCCUGCGGAGCAGAGCUGUGUACACUUUGCUUGCGAGACCAUAGAUUGCCCGGAGCUGGCUGUGAAGAAUUCUUCUCUCAAUUGCUCCAGCAGCGACCGAUACCACGGUGCCCGGUGCACUGUAAGCUGCCAGACGGGCUAUGUGCUGCAGAUACAGCGGGAUGAUGAGCUGAUCAAGAGCCAGACGGGAUCCAGCGUGACAGUGACCUGUACAGAAGGCAAGUGGAACAAGCAGGUGGCGUGUGAGCCUGUGGAUUGUGGCAUGCCGGACCAUCAUCAUGUCUAUGCUGCCACUUUCUCCUGCCCGGAGGGCACCACCUUCGGCAGCAGAUGCUCCUUUCAAUGCCGCCACCCUGCACAGUUAAAAGGCAAUAACAGCUUCCUGACCUGUAUGGAAGAUGGACUGUGGUCCUUUCCAGAGGCCCUGUGUGAGCUCAUGUGCCUUGCUCCACCUCCAAUCCCCAACGCAGAUCUCCAGACUCCCAGGUGUCAUGAGAACAAGCACAAGGUGGGCUCCUUCUGCAAGUACAAGUGCAAACCUGGAUACCAUGUGCCCAGCCCCUCCCGGAAGUCAAAGAAGCGGGGUUUCAAGACUCAGUGUACCCAAGAUGGCAGCUGGCAGGAGGGAGCUUGUGUUCCAGUUACCUGUGACCCACCCCCACCCAAAUUCCAUGGGCUCUACCAGUGCACUAAUGGCUUCCAGUUCAACAGCGAGUGUAAGAUCAAGUGUGAAGACAACGAAAGCUCCCAGGGACAAGGAAGCAACACCAUUCACUGUCGGAAAGAUGGCACCUGGAAUGGCUCCUUCUUUGUCUGCCCGGAGAUGCAAGGCCAAUGCUCAGCCCCAAACAAGCUCAACAGCAACCUCAAGCUACAGUGCCCUGAUGGAUAUGCCAUAGGGGCAGAGUGUACCACCUCGUGCCUGGACCACAACAGCGAGUCCAUCAUCUUGCCGGUGAACAUAACUGUGCGUGACAUCCCCCACUGGAUGAACCCUACACGGGUGGAGAGAAUUGUAUGCACUGCUGGCCUCAAGUGGUAUCCUCAUCCUGCUGUGAUUCACUGUGUCAAAGGCUGUGAGCCCUUCAUGGGAGACAAUUACUGUGAUGCCAUCAACAACCGAGCCUUCUGCAACUACGAUGGUGGGGACUGCUGCACCUCCACGGUGAAGACUAAAAAGGUUACCCCCUUCCCUAUGUCCUGUGACCUACAAGAAGACUGUGCUUGUCGGGACCCUGAGGCCCAAGAACACAGCAGAAAAGACCUUCGGGGAUACAGUCAUGGCUAAAUAAAGCAAGACAAGAAGUUGUGAAAGAAUUCCCAGCGCCAGGACCCACAUCCCUUUGGUAUUGUUUUCACAGUCCGCUGCUCAAUGGAAUGGCCUCUCCACACCAGGGAUCCUUAGCAACCCAACCAGUCUGCCUUUAAUUUCACCCAGGAAGGACUCACAGUGGGGCGAAUGAACCAAGUCUCAUCCUGUUGAAUGGUAGAGUGGAAUUCCAUCCCAAAGUUCUGAGAUGGAUUGCUAUAGGAAUGUAUAUCUGUGUGCAGUUCCAGAACCUCCUACAUUGCUAAUUAUUUGUCACAUGACCACAGCAAAAACACCUUCCGUAUCUAGGAGUAUGCAUAUCUGUGGUUAGUACACAACAUGCAUGCAUACACAUCCAUACAAACAUGUGUAUGAGAGAAGUUCUGGAGACUGAGCAGAGGGAGAGAGAGAGAGAGAGAGAGAGAGAGAGAGAGAGAGAGAGAGAGAGAGAGAGAGAGAGAGAGAGACUGGAAGAAACUCAAUCUUUCCUUUCCCAUGCUCCAAGCCAACACUGUCUUUGGGAGAAAGAGAGUUACAGAAACUGCUAGGACCAAGAUAGCUCACACUCUGAGGCUCAGAAUAAUCAGGGCGUGCACAAUUGUGCAGUCUUUGGGGAUUGGAAGUGAAAUGGUCUGUGUUCACCAACUUUCUAGAGAACUAGGGCCCAGAGAGAGGUAAGGAUACCAAGGUUUGCAAUUCUCCCAGAUUCUUCUGCUGCCAUGGGGAUUUUUACCCCAACACCAGGUUCAAGGCCAAGCUGGAAAUGGCUUAGGACUACAAAUUCAAGGUAUUAUACCAUACCCCUGCUGGAGACUUGAGGUCAUAAUAUCUCUCCAUAUCUCACCAUUCCCCAGAUCUAGCCUUGGGACCACAUUUGCUGCUACUUUUUCUGCUGCUCUGUCAUAUACAUUGGGUAACCCCAAGAUGGUAGAACUAGGUUAGAACUUCCACACAACCAAACAGUCUGCCUUAAAAGUGACCCAUAUUUCCCCAUUUCUUACCCCUUCUGCAAGAGUAUCACCCUCAUGGGCCCACCUGGUAAAAUGUUCAAGCCUCCCGUCCCCCCCUACCCCACACAAAUGGGCUUCUCACCCUGGAAGGAAAGACACUGGAGUCCUUCCUGAGAGUCCAGAAUGUCUAAGGCAGUGUUAGAUUUUUGUGCUCAAGUGGAACAGUGUUAAACUCCUGGGAUGGUUCAGCCAUGUAGGGGCUGUUAGAAAUGUCCAACUCUUGGGUUAUUAUACCUACCCUAGUCUUCCAAGCCCUUUAGGCUAGAAUGGGUAGUAAGAUCCUCACAGUUUCUCACAGAAGAUGAAAUUCUAGAACAAAGUACCAUUUUGGAUAGAAUCAGUAUAGACUUUUUUCCAGAUAGUAGCCAGGAGAUCACAGUCUCAGGACCUAACAUGGUCUUAUGCUUUCCAUAGAAUUUUUUAUCCAGCAAUACUCAUUUUUCAUACCUGUGGCCAGGAAACCCUUUCUUUUCCAAAUGUUAAGAAGUCACUAGUCAAUUGCUCAUAGAAGCCUCUAACUCUUUAGGGCCAGUUCGCCUCUCUUCAAUCAAUUACCUGUUUGAUGCCUUUGAAUUGAAUAUGGGAAGAGAUUUAUACAGAAUGAGGUGGAGAGAGUGGUUAAGUUUGAUAUAUUUUCUGAAAUCUAGAACUAGGAAGUAAAGAGAUAGGGAUGGUUUAAACUAACUAUAUCAUACAAAUAUGUCCAUAAAUUAAGUGAUCUCAAGUUCAGUGAAGACAACCAGCAAAAGUGAAAUCUAGGCCCGUGUUUAGCCUCUCCUAAUUCCUGCAUCUGGAAUAGGUAUCAUUAAUACAUCACGGCCCUUUUUCUUACUGGGACCAAAAAUAACUUCUGAAACUGUCUUCGUAUAUCAUUCCCAACAGCUUUUUCCUGCUGAUCACGAAAACUUGAAAAGGCAUCUACUAGCCAUCUGUAGUUUGUUAUAUUACGAAACCUAUCAAGGUGCUUUUUGCACAGGUGCCCAAACAUAAGGAUGCACUACUUAGUGUACAUGACUUUCCCAAUGUGACAAACUCUGAAAUUGGGUUCUGAAAAAUGGAGAGGCAUCCACCAUCAUGAAGACCAAACUCAAAUCUUUUAUGGUUCCUUCUUACAAAACCACAUCACAUUUUUUUUUCUGUAAUCACCACAGCCAGUCUUCAGCAAAAUAAACAACAAAAAUAGAGAGAAAGAACAAUAUUAGGAGAGUAGACCCUGUUGUGAAAAGUUUACCCCUCAUCCUAGAACUCCUACUCUGAAGCUCCCUCUGUUGUCCGCGCUAAGUUAUCCACUGUGGUGUUUAGCUUAGACAGUACAAACUAAGGAGAGCAAGAGGACUGAUUCAUGAUAGUUUAGUUACACCCAAAAGCAAUACAAAAACACCCUGGAGAUGCACAGCUGAUAUUCUUAAUGGUUAGAUGACAGGAAUCACAACUUCCCAUAAGUCAAUUGUCAUCCCAUUUCUGUCUGCACUUUGUUAUCCUUCACAACACCCUCCAAUUAAACAAAAGUUCCUAGAGGCUGACAGCUUUCUUUACGUUGGCAAACUGAAUUGAGCUCAUCUGGGUAAAACCCACUCAGUCUCUUCUUUACUAUCAUUCAAUCUAGUUAUUCCCAAAUUCAUUAUCUAUCAAGGCAAGAGAUGCUAUUUGACUCCUGGCCAACCACCUGCCCAUAUGAAAAGUACAGUUCACAGGCUUCUCUUAAGCCUUAGGGGAGUAGGGUCAGCUCUGUCCAUGCAAUGUACCAAUUCCCAAUUUUGCCCCCUCCUCUGGGGAAUAAACUCCUCAUCACAGCCUCUCAGUCAUCUGUUAGGGCAAUUGUAUAUUCACAGGUCAAGGACCGCAAAACAAUUGGGGGUGCUGCAUUGGAAAAAGUAUUAGCCUUUUCACAGCAAGGAGGCAAAGAUGGGGGGAGCUCUCUAAGGACCAUCCUAGGAAGCCUUUCCAAGCCACAACCCUAGCUGCCUGCCCAGAGGACUUACAUUAUGCCCAGAUUCUGUGCCAACAACCUUGUAAGGGAAUCCAGUCUUUGGGUAGUCAGUUUGGGUGGGUGAAUUGAGGUGUAAAGGAAGGGAGAGAUUAACGGUCAUAAAUAGCAGGCCUUUGGAGACAGAGGGUAUCAGCUGCUGCUCUUGGCUUCAGUAUAUUGGGUCAUUGCCGAGACAGUACUCUUGGUCUUUUUCCCACCCUGGCUGAUGUUUAAAUGCUAUUUGUUGAAAAUAAUUUCGUAAGACAGAUUUCAGCUACCUCCCUUCCAGGUUCAAUUUAACUUGGUUGUAACUGUCAAUUUGUUAUAGGUCUUACCUGUGUGUUUUUUUUUUCUUAAAAAUAAAUAAAUAAAAAAGAAAGAAAAAGAGAGAGAGAGGAAUAGAGAAAAAGGAAGAAAGAGGGAAAGAAACAAAGAAAUGAAAAAGCAAAGAAAGCAACCCUAAUGUCAUCCUAACCAUUUUGAGGGUGUGUGCGUGUGUGUGUGUGUGUGUGUGUGUGUGUGUGUGUGUGUGUGUGUUGUUUUCUUUUCUUCAUUUCUGGAACUACUUUAAGUGAGAAAAUAAAUAGAAGAAGUCGAUGGAGACAAAAAGUGUACAGAUAGAAAUUAAUAGGAGACAGUGAACUUAAAAAGGAAAUACAAAUGCAUGAUUACAAAGAAUAAAAACCCUGUUUUUAUGUUUCCUAAAGGAAAUUGUUUAUUCUACAGACUGAUUAGGUAGAUAGAGAAUAAAAAGUUCCCUAGAAGACAUAGAGUGGGAUUUCAUAACACUGUUAUUUUCUACAUUGGGGUAGAUCCAGGAAAUACGGCAUUCCUCUUGAUUUGUUCAUGUUGGGGGAGGGGGCGGGCAUUUUGUUCAUUUGCUUGGCCGUAGUUGGUGGGAGUGGGGAGUGGGGAGGGUUCAACGUUACUUUUACCAAAUAGUAAGGGAACAUAUUGUGAUGGUGGUGGUGUGCUUUUCACAAUUCAUUUGCGUUUGCCAGUAUACCACUGGACUUCACAAAGUCUGUGCUCAGAACUACACCUCACAGCCCAGUUUCCUCAAAAGCUGCUACAUGUCCAGACAAGUAAUUCCAGCGAGUUUCUAGAAAAGCAAAACAAACCCAGUAUACAGCAAACACUUAAAAAUGAAGCUAAAUAACAAAUGAAUAAAAAGCCUGUUCUUGUAAUAAAUUAUUUAAGCCUUGCCAAAUUCCUACCACUCAUUCGCUUGCAAGAGAAAUGCAUAAUCAGCAAGAGAGGAAUUAUGUCCCUAGUAUAAAAAAUCUACAACUCUUCACUCCAGGCAGUAGUGUGUUUAGUGAUUUCUUUUUUAAUAUGUUACCUUUUGUCUGUACAUUUGCCUCCAUAUCUCUAGCUGCAAAAUGGGGAUACUUACUACUUACCUACCUCACAGUGGGAGGGCAGAGGUUUGUGAGGCCCUGAGGUUUCCAUGAGCUAUGGCCAUCAGUGAAGAAAAAGACUAACAUAAAUGCCAUUGGUUAUUUUUCAAGCAUGCGCAGGCCUAUUGGCCUUUUAAGAAAGAUGGAGAGUGUGUGUUUGAUAUUCCAAAACAUAAAGCUGGAAAUUCUGGAUUAGACUUCUUUUUAGGAGAAGGUACUGGGUUAUAGUUCACUCAGUUUUAGGUAAAUUUUGAGUCCACCCCUCCCAUCUUCUGACCUUUACCUGUUCAGUGAUUUGAUUAAAAGCCAAUUACUUCUUACAGUGUAAAAGUCAGUGUACUGUCAUCUAUUCAAGACUUCCAGGCCAUUAUCUAACUCACAGAGGAAGGGAGCCACUAGUGUCUCUUCUUUAGCAAACUACUCACUUUCUCCGACUUAAAUGUCCACGUCAAGUGUUUCAUUCAAAUGAGACAACUGUGUUCUGAGUGCCAACAACUCGGGACCUCGUAACUACACACCAGCAGUGAGGAGAAUAUUGGACAAUUAUUGAGUUGCUUUCUUGGGUCUCUAUAAUCAAUAACCUGUCUGCAGAUAUCUAUCUAUAUAAAGAUAUUAUAUAUAAAUAUAAAUUUACAUAUAUAUGCACAUGUAUAUAUAGUUGUACAUAUAUGUGUGUAUAUAUAUACUUAAAUGUAAUAUUUACAAAAUAAAACUGUGAUCUCGUUAGAGAAAAAUGUACUCAUAUUACAAACUGCUCUUCCAUAUUUAUGUAUCCUAUUAUGCCUUUUUAUUAUUGUUAUAAUUAUCAUGGGUAUUUCUAAUUAUUGUGAUGUUGAAAUCUGUUUGGCACCUUUCUGGAAGCUACCAAAAUUGACCCUCCAUUGAAGUGCUUAAAAAAAUCUGCUCUCAUGAGAAUUCUACUGGCAAAAAAAAAAGAAAAAAACAAAACAAACAAACAAAAAAAACAGUCUAAACACCAAAACCAAAACACAACUCCAGUUCUUUCUCUGUACCUCACUGGCAUAAAUUUGCUGCUUCUAUUUUGGUUUUUCCCCUGUUCAUGUGUUUUUAUGGAUCUAAGUUAAGUCUUCAGCAAUAUAUUAAAAAUGUAAAUAGUAAACUUUAUUUAUUAAGAAUUUCAUCUUUUUUAAUUUAUAUUUACACAAUGGUUCAUCUAAUUUAUUUUUUCUAUAUGGUUUUAAAUACUCAGACAUAUUUUGCGGUUCAUGGUAUUUUUUUAUCCUAUUCUUAUGGAUUUGUUUUUCCAUGCUGUUUUCUCUGGUCUCAAUUACAGGUUGGAUCUCACAAAAUAAUGUCAAAGACAGAAAUAUUUUGCCACUGUUGAUUACUAUACCUAAAAGUUCUAUAUUAUGGAAAUAUAUAAUAGCUUGUAUGCUUCAA